AUGUCCACACUUCUCUACGUAAUCCUCACUUCUCUCAUUGUCAGCACUCUAGCAAUUAACACCAACAGGGAAACACUUGAGUUUCUCAUUGGUAACAGAGGUAGGGGCCUAAAGAAAGGUUGCAGCUCUGAAAAUCACAGGAAACAUGGCGCAACUCAGUGUUCAAAAUCAGUAGUUCCUGAAGCACCACCACCAGCUCCGCCUCUGAAAAAAGAACUGUUGUUGUUUGCAGACCAAAGGCUGGCUUUGGUGUAUUCUAUCAUACAGAAAUUCAAGUCCACGAUCACCUCGGAUCCUUUUGGCGUCACCAAAACCUGGGUAGGCUCAGAUAUAUGCAACUACAAAGGCUUCUUCUGCGACAGCCCUCCAGAUAACAAGUCUGCAACAACUGUUGCCUCUAUAGACUUCAACGGAUUUCAACUAGCUGCCCCUACUCUCGAUGGAUUUCUUGAUCAACUCCCUGAUGUUGCGCUUUUUCAUGCAAAUUCCAACAACUUUGCAGGGACUAUCUCACCAAAUAUCGCCAAGCUUCCUUAUCUCUAUGAGAUUGACAUAAGUAACAACCUAUUCUCUGGCUCAUUUCCUGCAGCUGUCCUUGGUAUGAAUGGCCUAACUUUCCUGGACAUUCGGUUCAAUUUCUUUACUGGAGCAGUACCACCUCAGAUAUUUACACAAAAUCUCGAUGUUCUCUUUCUCAACAAUAACAAUUUUACGACGAGAUUGCCGGAUAAUUUGGGCAGCACCCACAUUCUUUAUCUCACCUUGGCAAACAACAAAUUCAUAGGUCCAAUCCCAAGUGGCAUUUUCAAAGCAUUUUCCUCUCUGAGUGAGGUCCUGCUCUUGAACAACCAACUAACAGGUUGUUUGCCUUAUGAGGUUGGGCUUCUCAAAGAGGCCAUAGUAUUUGAUGCUGGCAACAAUAAAUUGACUGGUCCGUUGCCGAUCGCCUUGUCUUGUCUGGAGAAGGUGGAGCAGCUGAACUUCGCAGGCAAUCAAUUAUUUGGAAUGGUUCCUGAGAUGGUAUGUGAGCUGAAAAAUUUGAUGAACUUUUCAUUGUCCAAUAAUUAUUUCACAGCGGCGGGGCCAUUGUGCAGGAUUCUGAUUGAGAAAGGAGUGCUUGAUGUUACAAACAAUUGCAUCCCUGAUCUUCCAUUCCAGAGAUCAGUAGUUGAAUGUUCAGAUUUCUUUGCACACCCGAAGUCCUGUCCCCAAAUGUGGUCUUAUACCUUCAUUCCUUGUAAGUCCUUUGGUUCUGGCUCUAUGAUUCCUGGAAUGGCUCCUUCACCUUGA